GGUGGUUGGUUGGAAACUAGAUUUGAUCUGAGGGCUGUGGUACCAUGCAAGCAAUUUGUAUUUAACAUUUUAUUUGAAAUAUUUUGUGAUAUUACAUUUAAAGACUUCAGCUUUGAGAUUUCAGUUUCAUACUUCAGCUUAGCGUUGAAUGUUUGUGGAAAUGUUAAAUGUUUAUCACCAUGGUGCCUCAAUCUUAACAUGGCUUCAUGAAAGCUCUGGAGCUCGCAUCACUAUGGGAGAAGAUGAGAACUCGAAAUAUUGUGAAAGAAGAAAGAUCAAGAUUGGUGAGUGAUGCUUUGAAGAAAAUGAAAGGGAAGAUCCCUGAAAUAGCAAGCUCCCACGUUUCUUCUCGUGUUCUUCAGACUUGUGUGAAACAUUGUACACAAGAUGAAAGGAAUACUGUGUUUGUGGAGAUUCGGCCUCAUUUUAUCACUCUUGCCACCAAUACCUAUGCAGUUCAUCUGGUGACAAAGAUGCUUGAUAAUGCAUCCAAAGAGCAGCAGGCAGAAUUUAUUUCCUCUCUUCAUGGCCAUGUUGGUACUCUUCUUAGGCAUAUGGUUGGUUCACUUGUUGUUGAACAUGCUUAUCAGUUGGGAAAUGCAGCUCAAAAACAAACUCUUCUGAUGGAGCUGUAUUCGCCGGAGCUUCAGUUGUUCAAAGAUUUGAUCUCAGCUAAGGAAGCAAGGCUAGUUGAUGUUAUAUCCAACCUACAGCUUCAAAAGGGUUCAGUCAUACGGCACAUGACUUCUAUACUUCAGCCUAUCUUGGAGAAAGGAAUACUAGACCACUCAAUUAUACACAGGGCACUUGUGGAGUACCUAACUAUUGCUGAUAAGUCAUCUGCUGCAGAAAUAAUCCAGCAGUUGUCAAGUCCAGACCUUGUUCGGAUGAUUCACACAAGGGAUGGAUCCAAGAUUGGGAUAUUCUGCAUCAAACAUGGAAGCGCAAAGGAGCGGAAGAAAAUCAUAAAAGGGAUGAAAGACAAAGUUGGAAAGAUAGCUCGUGAUAAAAGUGGGACUUUGGUGCUUGUCUCCAUCCUUUCAAUUGUUGAUGACACGAAACUUCUAUCAAAGGUCAUCAUUCGUGAGCUUAAAGGAAUCCUGAAGGAGCUUCUUUCGGAUCAGAAUGGUAGGCGCCCAUUGUUGCAAUUACUGCAUCCAAAUUGCUCGCGCCAUUUCAGCCCUGAUGAGCUAGCAGCCCUUGGUUCAUCUGUUCCUUCGCUUGUUACCAAGAGCCCCUCAGAAUUAAAUGUUACAUUGGGCAAAGAAACAGAAGCUUCAGGGCUUGGUGAAGCUGGUAACGAAGAUGAAGCUACUGCAGCUGAUGCCACCCAAAGUUCACAUUUGAAUGAAGGAGGAAAGAAGGAUCCUCUUACAAGGCGGCGAGAAUUACUGGUCGAUAGUGGGCUAGCUGAGAAACUCAUCGAUGCAUGUUGUGAGAUGGCGGAGGAAUUGCUAAGAUCAAACUUUGGAAAAGAGAUCAUAUAUGAGGUUGCCACGGGAGGUGCCGACAGCAUCCUUCGUCCAACUUUAGAUGGAAAGUUGGAAACUUUACAUGGCGUUAUAGCAUCUCUGGCAGCACAUCCUAAAAUGGAGGGAUCAGAUGAACAACAUCUCUUUGAACACUUCCAUUCUAGCAGGACCAUCAGAAAACUGGUCUUGGACUCCCCUUCUUUUGCUUGCACGUUGUAUGGAAAAGCACUGAAAGGAAAAUGUUCAAUUUGGGCUCAAGGCCACAGUGCGAAAAUAAUUAGUGCAUUUUUGGAAACUUCAAGUUCUAUGGUACACAAGCUUGUGAAGAAGGAAGUGCAACCAUUGGUAGAUAGCGGUAUCCUCAAAUUAGCCACCAAAUGAUCUCCUAAAGCAGAAUGAGCCAACAAUGAGUUAAACGUCAGCGGACUUCAAUCUAAGAAUGAAGUGUCCAAGGUUAUUAUUUUAUCAAGGAGUGCUUUGGACGAGUUCCUGGCAAAAUGCCUUCACACUCAAAAAAUGAAGUUUUCUAUCAAGUCAAUGAAUAGGUGAUACCACAAAAGAGUGUUAUUUCUUUCUGUUAUUGUACCAUAUAUAAAGAUAUGGAACACUUUUGUUCUGUUGAAAUCUUGUAUUCUUUCCUAAUAUUCAGUAAAGCCCUUCUCUAUUAGUCAAUUAAA